AUGAGUUUCCGUUCGUGGGAUCUGUACGAGUAUCCUCUAUUACCGAGCAUGACGAAGCACUCGUGGGCUAUCAAGAUUGCGACUCAGCUCGAAAAAUCGCGAUACAUCAUCUUUGUUCUGCAGACUAAUAAAAAAAAUAACAUGGAAACACAUAAAAAUUACCUCGACAAUUGUAAAUUAACCAACGUGAAACUCUAUCUAAAUUCUGAAUUUUUUCCAUAUGAUGAUCUAAAUCUAAAUUGGGACAAACACAAAACCGCCAUUUUGUACGAAAUGUUCGUACGUUUCCGUACAUCUUACUAUCAAAUCCCCCGCGAAAGAGGUGAAACGUUACUCAGGUCAGUUUAUUUUAAGGAACGUUUUCCUCUAGUAAUCAUUGACUGCUCUCGACAGAACGAAUCGGUCAAGAGUGGCACCGUGGAUGUGCGUUUAGAAUUUGAAUUCAAAGAAAACGCGCCCGCGAAUACUACCGCGUACUGCCUCAUCAUACACGAUCGCGUGAUCGAAUAUAACCCGCUGAUCAACGUUGUGCGCAAAAUCACCUAA